UUGUCGCUUUUUUCCUCCAUUGGAUCGACCAGUGGAAGAGUUCUCUCUCUCUCUCUGUAUCGAUUUUGCAGGAGUUUUACAGCUGAUCAUCUGAUCACUUUUUCCUAGAUUUCCUGUGAAAUUCUUUCUCUGGUUUAGUUUCCGAUUUUCUCUCUCAGACAAGAAAUUUCGAGCUCAUCGAGUGGAAAACCAUCGAAAACAGUGGAGUUUAGGCUUACCUCUGAGCGAUUUCUCUUGGAUAACCUAAAGGUACAUUUCAGGUAUUGUUCUUAGUGUUGUUCGUAUUCUUACUGAAACAUAAAAGAUUUCAGAGGUCUUUCAGUGCAACAUCGAGCUGAGUAGAUUAAGCAUUGAUGAAGGAUUUGGGGUUUGAGGUAGUAUUUCUAGUGUUGUAUUAAUUCCGAAAGCAUAGAUGUAGUAGUUGUAGUUAAAAUUGGAUGGAUCACGAUGGCAGUUCGAUCUCCUGCGAUAAUUUUGGGUUUAAGUUUGCGAUUUUGGUUGUGUAUGUGAAAUUUCGAUGGAUUCCAGAAUUCUUGGAUGAGCGAAUGAAUGAAAGGAUUAUUUUGAGAAUGGAUGACUCAUUGAAGCUUCUGGAGUGUCAGAUAAUGCUCGACAACGUUGUUUCUUGAUGUCUCGAACUGAAACGAUGACAACAGAUCUUAAUAGGACGGGCUCUGGGGAAAGGGACGUUGAACAGGCUAUUACUGCUCUUAAGAAAGGAGCAUACUUGCUCAAGUAUGGACGUAGAGGGAAACCUAAGUUCUGUCCCUUCAGGCUUGCAAAUGAUGAAUCUGUUUUAAUUUGGUACUCUGGAAAGGAGGAGAAGCACCUUAAACUAAGCCAUGUGUCCAGAAUUAUACCGGGCCAACGCACUGCAAUCUUUCAGAGAUAUCCUCGACCUGAGAAGGAAUACCAGUCAUUUUCUCUUAUAUAUAAUGAUAGGUCACUGGAUCUGAUUUGCAAAGAUAAAGAUGAAGCUGAGGCCUGGUUUAUUGGUCUAAAAUCUUUAAUUUCUCGUAGUCAUCACCGUAACUGGAGAACAGAAUCCAGAAGUGAUGGACUUUCAUCUGAAGCAAACAGUCCCCGAACAUACACCCGAAGAAGUUCACCUUUGAGCUCUCCAUUUGGUAGCGGUGAUAGUUUCCAAAAGGAUUGUGGAGAUCCUCUUCGUCUUCAUAGUCCAUAUGGAAGCCCCCCAAAGAAUGGUCUGGAAAAAGCAUUUUCAGAUGUGGUAUUAUAUGCUGUACCUCCUAAGGGGUUCUUCCCCUCAGAUUCUGCUAGUGGCUCAGUGCAUUCUACGUCAUCAGGAGGCUCAGAAAGCAUGAAUGGACACAUGAAAGGCAUGGGAAUGGAUGCCUUUAGGGUUAGUCUAUCAAGUGCAGUUAGCUCAUCAAGUCAAGGUUCUGGCCAUGAUGAUGGGGAUGCUUUAGGGGAUGUUUUUCUUUGGGGUGAGGGCACUGGAGACGGUGUUCUGGGUGGGGGUACUCAGAGAGUUGGAAGUUCUACUGGUCUUAAAUUGGAUUCAUUUGUGCCAAAAGCCUUGGAAUCUGCUGUAGUACUUGAUGUUCAGAACCUAGCCUGUGGUGGACGGCAUGCUGCUUUAGUAACUAAACAAGGGGAGAUUUUCUCUUGGGGAGAGGAAUCAGGUGGCCGGCUUGGUCAUGCUGUAGAUUCUGAUGUUUCACACCCCAAGUUAAUUGAUGCUCUUAGCAAUACAAACAUUGAGCUUGUAGCAUGUGGGGAGCACCACACAUGUGCUGUGACACUCUCUGGAGAUCUGUACACAUGGGGUGCUGGUACUUACAACUCUGGGCUCCUUGGACAUGGAAAUGUGGUGAGUCACUGGGUCCCAAAAAAAGUCAAUGGGCCUUUGGAGGGUAUACAUGUGUCGUCUAUCUCCUGUGGACCUUGGCAUACUGCUGUUGUGACCUCUUCUGGGCAGUUGUUUACUUUCGGUGAUGGAACUUUUGGAGUUCUGGGUCAUGGAGACAAGAAAAGUGUUUUAAUUCCCAGGGAGGUGGAAUCUCUCAAGGGAUUACGUACUGUGCGAGCUGCUUGUGGUGUUUGGCACACUGCUGCAGUUAUAGAGGUCAUGGUUGGGACUUUAAGUUCCAGCAACUGUUCCUCCGGAAAGCUGUUUACAUGGGGAGAUGGAGAUAAAGGUCGACUUGGGCAUGGUGACAAGGAAUCAAAACUUGUGCCUACGUGUGUUGCAGCUCUGGUUGAACCCAAUUUUUGUCAAGUUUCCUGUGGACACAGCCUGACAGUUGCACUUACAACCUCUGGCCAGGUCUAUACAAUGGGUAGUCCUGUCUAUGGCCAGCUAGGAAACCCUCAUGCUGAUGGGAAGCUUCCUACACGUGUUGAAGGUAAACUUUUGAAGAAUUUUGUGGAGGAGAUAGCGUGCGGUGCUUAUCAUGUUGCUGUCUUAACUUCCCGAACUGAAGUUUACACUUGGGGCAAGGGAGCAAAUGGUAGAUUGGGUCAUGGCAAUACUGAUGAUAGGAAUACCCCAUCAUUGGUUGAAGCCUUGAAAGAUAAACAAGUCAAAAGUAUUGCUUGUGGUACCAAUUUUACUGCAGCUAUCUGUCUUCAUAAAUGGGUAUCUGGUGUUGAUCAAUCAAUUUGUUCUGGUUGCCGCCUACCAUUUAAUUUCAAAAGGAAGCGUCAUAAUUGCUAUAAUUGUGGACUUGUUUUCUGUCACUCAUGUAGCAGUAAAAAGUCCCUUAAAGCUUCUAUGGCACCAAACCCAAACAAAUCUUAUCGUGUCUGUGAUAACUGCUUUAGUAAGCUGAGAAAAGCCAUUGAGACUGACGCUUCAUCGCACCACUCUAUGAAUAGAAGAGGAAGCAUAAACCAGGGGCUUAAUGAGUUCGCUGAAAAGGAUGAAAGGUUGGAUUCAAGACCAAAUCCACCACUGGCUAGAUUUUCUUCAAUGGAUUCUUUUAAGCGAGUAGAUAGGUCUUCCAAGAGAACUAAGAAACUAGACAUUAAUGGUAGUCGUGUUUCACCUAUUCCAAAUGGAGGAUCUCAAUGGGGAGCACUUAAUAUUUCUAAAUCUUUCAAUCCUGUCUUUGGAUCAUCAAAAAAGUUCUUCUCAGCUUCUGUUCCUGGAUCAAGAAUUGUUUCCCGGGCAACAUCUCCAAUAUCAAGACGCCCAAGCCCACCUCGUUCUACAACACCAACCCCAACACUAUCUGGACUCACUUCACCGAAAGUGGUAGUGGAUGAUGCUAAAAGGACAAAUGAUAGCCUGAGCCAAGAAGUUCUUCAACUAAGAGCCCAGGUGGAAAAUCUCACUCGUAAAGCACAACAUCAAGAUGUUGAGCUGGAAAGAAUGACGAAGCAGCUGAAAGAAGCCAUUGCAAUUGCAGGGGAAGAGACUGCAAAAUGCAAAGCAGCAAAGGAAGUGAUUAAAUCACUGACUGCCCAAUUGAAGGAUAUGGCUGAAAGGUUACCUGUAGGAGCAGCACGCAACUGCAAACCGCCUUCCUUCGUUUCCAGUCCUGCUUCAGUUGAUGCUCCUGCUACAUCAAUUGACCAGCUGAGCAGUCCAGCAACUUCCCAUGAACCAGAUACUAAUGGAGCAAACAGCAUGGUGCUUUCCAAUGGAUCCGGCACCAGUAGUAACCGUAAUUCCAGUCACAACAGACUGGGCCAUUCGGAAGCAAUUGCCAGGAAUGGGAACAGAACAGAAGGUGAAACUAAUCACGAGGCUGAAUGGGUUGAGCAAGAUGAGCCUGGUGUGUAUAUUACACUUACAUCCUUACCUGGUGGUCUCAAAGAUCUAAAACGAGUCCGCUUCAGUCGGAAGCGGUUUAGCGAGAAACAAGCAGAACAAUGGUGGGCAGAGAACCGGGCAAGAGUGUAUGAGCAGUACAAUGUGCGGAUGGUGGAUAAGUCGAGCGUUGGUCUUGGGAGUGAGGACUUUGCUCAUUGACAUAUAAACAGUCUGUAAAUCAAAUUGGCUUUCAGAGUUGGGCUUCAAUCAUGUGUAAGCCCAUUUUGAUCAAUUAGAUAUUGAUUUCUUUCAUCUUAUUAGAGGUUCACGAAGCAAUGGUGGCAUGACAGAUAGGUAGAAGGAAGAUUAAAUAGGGUUGUCUGCUGCUUUUUUUUUUUUUUUUUUUUUUUUGGGAUGGGCUAAAAUGUAUGUGUGGAUAGUAGAGUGGGUUGAGGGUGAGAAAUGUAAAUUCUUAGUAGGUUGCUGGCUUUGAUUCUAAGCAGCUGCCUUGUAAAUUCAUAAGCAAAUGCAUCUUCUUCAAAGUAUAUUUUGGUCAUUAGCAACA